AGGGACUGGGAGGAGUGGUGUGGAGAGGGACUGUAGAGAGGGAGGUGGAGGGAGGCCUGUCAGCCUGCAGUGUGAAUGGGAGCUGACUGGGAACAGACUGGACCUGCAGCAGCAACAGCAGCAGCUGGUUCUGAAUGAAGCUCAAUGACUCAAGCCCUCUGGAUCCGUGAUGAGGUGGCACCGGCCCUGGCUUCUGUUAGUUUCCAGUUUACAGCAGGCCUUCUGCCAGACUUCCUCCAUGGUGCCAGUCAUGCCAGAGCCCACCGAUCUUGAGCCGUACAACCGCACUCAGUACUGUAAAUGGCCCUGCUCAUGCCCCGAAACACCCCCGAGCUGCCCGCCAGGAGUCAGCCUGAUCACAGACGGCUGUGAUUGCUGCAAGGCCUGCGCCAAGCAGGUGGGGGAGGUGUGCAACGAAGCGGACAACUGUGACCAUCAUCGCGGCCUCUACUGCGAUUACAGCUCAGACAAGCCUAGGUACGAAAAAGGAGUGUGUGCAUAUCUGCUUGGCUCGGGCUGUGAGCACAAUGGUGUAAUCUAUCGCAAUGGGCAGAGCUUUCAGCCCAGCUGUAAAUACCAGUGUCUCUGUGUGAACGGGGCCAUUGGCUGCGUGCCGCUGUGUAACGAGUGGCAGCCCCCCCGGGUGUGGUGCCAGACGCCCCGCCGGGUAAAGAUCCCAGGCCAGUGCUGUGACCAAUGGAUCUGUGAGGAGUCCAGGAGAGGGCGCAAGACUGCACCAAGGCACGCCAUGGCAGCUCUCUCCAGUGGAAAAGACAACUGGCAGCAGAACUGCGUGACCCAGACCAGCUCCUGGAGCCCCUGCUCCAAGACCUGUGGCCGAGGGGUGUCCUUACGCAUCACCAACGCCAACAAGCAGUGUCGGAUGGUCAAAGAGAGAAGACUCUGCAACCUGAGACCCUGUGAAGUGGACAUCACCAAGCACAUCAAGCCUGGAAAGAAGUGCCUAAACAUCUACAGAGAGGAGAACCCCACCAACUUCACCAUCUCAGGCUGCACUAGCAAGAAGCUCUACAGGCCCAAGUACUGCGGCGUCUGCACAGACGAACGCUGCUGCAUCCCUUACAAGUCUAAAACAGUGCAGGUGGAGUUCCAGUGUCCUCGCGGAGGUGUGAUUACCUGGCAGGUGAUGUGGAUUAAUGCCUGCUUCUGCAACCUCAGCUGCAAGAACCCCAACGACAUCUUCGCAGAUCUUGAGCUGUACUAUGAGAACCGUGAGAUUAUGAACUGAAUUCUCAACAGGUUGCUUUUUUAUAUCGGCUCCCAAUUUUGGAGCACAGUAAAGCCAAUAUUGAUACAUGAGAUACUUUAAUGAAAUACACAAUGUGCAGCACAACCUACACUCACUUGAAUUGAGGUACAUAUAUUCAUUUUCAUAGUGUUUCGGUGCUAAUUAUAUGUUAAAGUUUUGUCAAAGUUAGUAUAAGUAAUAAAUAAAGGACACAAAAUUCUGGAUGGGGUUAUACUGUGUAUGUACAGCAUUUUAUUGUGAUUCCUCUUAUAUACGCCCUUUGACAUUUUCCUAAUGGAAAGAAAUGGAAUAUUAUAUUAUAUAUAUUAUAUUUCCAUGAGUACUCCUUUAUUUCCUGAAAAAUAUUUAUCAUAUUAAUAUCAGCUAUUUUUGAGCAAAAGAAGGCCUGACCAGUUUGCACGUUUGAAUAUAAGUUGUAAGUAUUAAAUGUGUAAAAAGGAGCUAAAUAUAUUAUUGAUUUUAUCGCUUGUACUUAAGCUUUAACUUAUUCAUGAGAGUGUAAAGUGUAAAAACUGUAGCAUAUGACUUGGUAUGAUGUAAUGAAAUGAAGUGAUGAUUGGUGAUGAUUUGUUAUGUUUUUAAUUUUUUUAUUUUAUUGGGACAGAUUUUUAACGCCAAGGUUGUGUCCUUAUCAUAUCUAUCCCAUAAAACUCAAGCAUGAAAGGUCCAGUUUUGCACAGACCUGACAUUGCUUUUAUAUGAACUUGUGGUCAUUUAUUGGCCUUUUAUUGAGCAAACAUUCAAUUUGUUAAAAAUAACCAGUCAGACCAAAAAAGGGCAGAGUUACAUGUUUUUUAUUUUCUUUUUUAAAUAAAUACAAACUGUUAUCCCAUUAAAAAUGUAUAGUGUGAUCUGCA